AUGAUCCAGUCUUCUAGUUUAUCUGGUAUCAGGGUCCAGAAGUUCCUUAAUAUUCCGUAUGCUGAAGCUCCAGUUGGCCAGCUGAGGUUUGAAAAACCUCAACCCAAAAGACCUUGGAAAAGUAAUGUUUCAAUUUGCAUUAUUAUCUAUUUAAAAGAAUUUAAAUUUAAAUUUCAGGUAAAUAUAUAUGACUUAUAUCCCGCGUUCUGGGUUUAUAACCAUGAAACCCAUAUUUAUCUAGGUAACCACAAUGUUGGUAAAUUUGUUCACUUUGCCUUCAGUGGUGCCGCCAGCUCGAUAAUUGGGGGGGGGGGAAGAAUAUUCAUAUAUUUGUGUUGACAGACAAUAAAGACAAUUAAUUGUUUCAAAAAAGUUAAUAUUGUAGAACACGAAGAUAUAAAUAUUCGCCACCCCCAAUUAUCGAGCUGGCGGUGCCACUGUUUGCUUUCUAGACAGCGAUCAAGAAUCAAGAAUCGUCAUUUUACCCUUUUACUUUGGUCGUUGUUGGUGGGCUUAUGCCUCCCACUUAACUUUUAGGGCUAUAGGCCUCAGUGGAGCUUUGCCCCCCAGCACUCUUAUACCGCCGCCCCUGCAGCUCACAACUGGAUCCACCGAUCCCCAUUAAGGCCUUCUUUCAAACACUUUUAACUAGAAAGGCAAGAAUACUUUCAACAGGAAACGUGUUUUUUGUUUAGACAUAUUAAAUAGUACCGAAAAUCUAAUCGCAUGUAUUCAACCAUGGCAACCUGGAGUGACAAUCACUGAAGACUGUUUAAUACUCAACGUGUGGACACCAUUUCCACGUCCUCAGAAUACGAGUGUUAUGGUAAGGUUUUUGUUGGUUGAAAGAGUGUAUGACACGAAACUGUCAUUGUUUUAAACAGAAGAGCUUUUAAAACUGUACGGUGGCUUGUUUAAUCGAUCAAUUGAAAUUUAAUCAGUAAGCCAAAAAACCUUGUAUUUUGAUAAUGGCAUAUAGUAAAAUAAUUUUUUUCUUGAUUUGGCGCACGUGCUCAAUCAAGUUAUUGGACUCUUGGGAUGUCAAGAGAGCAUUUAAGCGCUAGAGUUGGUCUCGACUAGCGCUUCGACCAAGUAUUGCGCUUUAUCGUACUCUUCCAAUUUCUUGCGUGCUCAAGGCUCGAUGCCAAAUUAUGACAAAAUUCUUAAUUCGUAAAUAUAUUAAUUUCGUACGUACGAUGGAUAACAGACAGGUUCUUUAACAAUCAUUUAGUGCAACAAGUUUGUUAAUUGUCGUCAUCACGUUACUGUCCUACCCAUUCUUGUUCCCAGGCUUUGCCGUUUUACAUGUCUGAGUUUCCUUUUAAUUAAUAAACAAUGGAAUCAAAGUGAUGUCAUAUUGACGUCAUUUCUAUGUAUUUUUUAUGAUGACGUCUUUUACAUAUUGUGAUUAAUGCCUGUGUGUAAAUAAUGGCUGAUACCCGUGUCAGUUGUAAAUAGAACUCAACAGUCCACAAACUUUUAUCAUUGUUAUGAGUUUAAUCAUGGACAAAUACAUUUUAGUUUGCUUGGAUUAUAUGUAUGUUUUAGUUAGCAAACCUACGCGGGCUCAAUACGUAUGUUCACGUAAUGUUGUUGUUGUUGUUGUUGUUGUUGUUGUUGUUGUUGUUGUUGUUGCUGUUGUUAUUGCUGUCGUUGUCGUUGUCGUUGUCGUUGUCGUUGUCGUUGUCGUUGUUAUUGUUGUUGCAAAGCGACAUAAUUUCGAAAUUAAACCUUAUCUUCAAUUCACUAGAAAUACAUGCAUGCAGCAACCCCCGGCCUAUAUUCUCCAAGUAUUAGUAAUUGGCCAACACUAAACCACAGAGAAGAGAUAGUACAGAGAGGAAACUGACACCUAGCCUCGAUAACCUGAAUUUUUGUGUCACGCGUUCCACGCGCCACGCAAAAUCUUCCAGCCAGUUUUUUCCUCUGCAUGGUCAAAAUUUAAUAAAAUAGUGAAUUAGUAUAAUUUUCUAUAGUUAAUAGACUGAAUAUAUCGGCGUGACAUAAUUUUCCGCGUAUUUCCUCUCUGAACUAUCUCUUCUCUGUGACUAAACGAAGCUCACGUAAUGUGUUGCCAUAACUACACUACCGUUUUUAGACGUUUAAUCUUUUUUAUUUCAUUUUGUAAAAAAUGGCAAAAAUGGUUGAAAGAUUACUACUUUUAAUCAUACAACAAUCAAUUCCCGAUAUAUACAAUUUAGGAAUAUUCCCUUGCAUUUUAUGAGCUUUGAUUUAAUGCAAAAUGUAAUUAUUCUAAAACGCUCCGUUAAAUGUUUUGGGAUGUUCAUUCAACUAUUAAAGUGCAUAUGACAUGAUUUUUUUAUUUUCUUAAAUGAAAGAACACUUUAAGUUGUAGUGUAACUUAUUUUUCAGUUUCUUGUUUUUAUAGUUUGUUCCCGAGAUAUUUAAAUUUGUUUGGUAUGUAAAUGAGUGGGAAUAUGUCCGCUAAAUUAUGACGUCUCGUUGGUUGCAAGCUCUUCAAAAUGGUUGAAUAUCACGGCUAUCAUCCAAGAUAAUAUUUCUAACUUCACUAACUGGUAAAUGUAAUAAAAUACUGGAGAAAAACGUGAACUGAUAUCUACAGUUUUUAAAGUUAAUAAAUUUAUAACCAGUGUAAGUUGAGCUUGCAACCAACGUGACGUCAUAAAUUAGCGGACAUAUUCACACUCAUUUACAUACCAAACAAAUUGAAAUAUCUCGGGAACAAACCAUGAAAACAAGAAACUGAAAAAUAAGUUACACUACAGCUUAAAGAGUUCUUUCAUUUAAGAAAAGAAAAAAAAUUCAUGUCAUAUGCAUUAAAGACCAUGUAAAGUCCGUAAUGUAAACAAACGCUUUGUUUACAUUUUGAACUCAGUGCUACAUUUGUAAAUAUGAUUAGAUACAUAUUAUACUGAAUUUUGAACAUUUUUCUGGUUCGCUAUGCUUGUAAAUUGAUACAGACUAGAGAUUCAAUUCAAGAGAUGUUCAAAAAAUGCGAAAUAUUAAUAACAUUCCAACGGUCGGAUCCCGACCAUUGGAAUGUAAGCCUGUGGUAUGCGCAGAACGUAUGCGCAGAACGGACUUUACAUGAUCUUUACAGUUGAUUUCACGAAGCUUUGGUGGCGCCAAUUGCGAGGUUGGUUGGGAAUUUAGGAAAUAUAAACACGAGAUCAUCAAGUUGAUUGGAAACCGGCCAAUCCAGCAAAUUCGGAAGUUUCGCAUCAAAUUAUCGAAAUUCGUUAUGAAAUUCCGAACCAGAGGAGGAAUGAGGGUCUUCCCGAAAUGCAACGCGCGAAUCAGUGCGGCUGAUUAUUAUUCAAGCUAUUUAUUCUCAACGCGCCGUUCGAUUAAAAACUGUUGAAAUAUAUUGCGAUUUUUGCCGUAAAGAUCUCGUUUUCUCAAAACUAUGUUUCGAUAGCCUUUUUGUUUAGUUAUUUAAUAAAAGAAGUUUUGACUAAAUUUGUAUAUAUAUCGCAUUUUACAUUGUUAAAUUCCCAUUGUAUUUAUGCAACGUUUGGGGUGUUGAUAAUUACAUCAGUGAAUUCCGGAAUGUUUACUCUUUAUAUUGACACUUUAAAACAUGCAUUUACUCCAUAAAGGCCCUGUUACACGGUGAAAUUUUUCAUGCAACUUGUCUCGCAAUGUUUAAAAACAGAUUUUGAUAAUGCAUUGCAAGAGGUGUUACACGCUGCAACGAUUUUCAUGCAACUCGCAACGAUAUGGGACAGAGGCAUGCGAAGAGACUAGGGAGAGGCGCUAUUUGGCGCCAAAUUUUAAUUAAAGUAAAGCGUGUACUGGGGAGAGCCAAUAGGAACUCUCCAAGCUAUAAACAUUGCGGGACAAGUUGCACAAAGCCAUGUUACACGCUGCAAUGCUAAAAAUAAUUAGUGCAAUCGUUGCCAAAAGUAGAACCGACUUCUACUCUGUGCAAUGCUUCAUGCAACUUGUCUCGCAAAGAUUUUGACCAUUGCAAGGCAUGUUAAACGGUGCAAUGACUCGUGCAACUUGUCUCGCAACGCCAUUGCGAGACAAGUUGCAUGAAAAAUUGCACCGUGUAACAGGGCCUUAAAACCGAAGAGUUAUCGCGGUUUGAAAAUGAGCUAUUUUAGCUAUUAUUGAAUAAUAGCAAAAAUAGCUCAUUUUCAAACCGUGAUAAUUCUUCGGUUUUAUGGAGUAAAUUUAUGUUUUAAAGUAUUAAUAUAAAGAGUAAACAUUCCUGAAUUCACUGAUGUAAUUUUAUUUUAGUUUCCUUGUAAAAAAGUACAAUUUACUCCAAAAUAUUUCAAUGCCACUUUUCCAACACCCAAAACAUGCAUAUUAUAUAUACAAAAUUAUUCAAAACUUCUUUUAUUAAAUUACUAAACAAAAAGGUUAUCAAAACAUACCUUUGAGAAAACUAGAUCUUCACGGCAAAAAUCGCAAUACAUUUCAACAGUUUUUAAUCGAACGGCGUGUUGAGAAUAAAUAGCUUGAAUAAUAAUCAGCCACACUGAUUCGCGCGUUACAUUUCGGGAAGACUCUCAUUCCUCCUCUGAUUCCGAACCAAGUUCGCAGGCAAGUUCGCAAAUUGCAAACGAUUUUGAGGGUAAAUUUUAAAAACUAAACUUAUUGUAUUAAACUUAUUAUAAUUUUAAACCUGAAAUUAUUAUUAUUAUGAUAUUAUUUAUUAUUAAAUGAAUAACUUUAAUACAAUAAGUUUAGUUUUUAAAAUUUACCGUCAAAAUCGUUUGCAAUUUGCAAACUUGCUUGCGAACUUGGUUCGGAAUUUCAUAACGAAUUUCGAUAAUUUGAUGCGUAACUUCCGAAUUUGAUUGGUCGGUUUCCAAUCAACUUGAUGAUCUCGUGUUUGUAGUUCCCAAAUUCCUAACCAACCUCGCAAUUGGCGAGGCCAAAGUUUUGUGAAAUCAACUGUAAAACUGUUUUUGCGAUAUUUUUUGACUUAAAACAAAAUAAAGGAUUAAAUUAUUGAAUAAUUUCAGUGAAGUCUUUUUCUUAAACUAAACAGGGUAAUUUUACAGCUAACUCCAGACGAAAGGCCUUCGCUCGAAACGUGGAAAUUUUCCUAGACUUAUAUUUUUCAUGUAGUUGCAUCCCUAAUUAUGAAAGCUUCUUUAUAUUGAUAAGGAAAGCUGUGCAUGUUUUACGUAGUUCUUCAAUUGCAAAAUUGCUUGAAAGCUUAUUUCAUGUAUGAAACUGUUUUCCAAGUACUUUACUUUUUUUUAAAAAAAUCAAAUUUUGCUCAUACCGUUUCUGGCUAAAAGCCAUAUUUUGGAGAUCAGUUUGGAAGCCCAUCCAUAAACCAUGAACCAAAACACCACUUUUUGACAUAGCUAAUGCUAUCGGGUGUAAAUAGCCGAGCGGAAUUAGUAACUUCUGUCUGAACCAGGCUAACGCGCGGAACGGCGCUUGCGUUGGCUUGGAGAAAACAAGGUAAAAUAAAAUGUGAAACAUUGUUUUUGCGAUUUGAUCGCCUGACUCCAGUACUUCAAGGUGGCAGUGCAUCCACAUUCCAUCCUAGUGCCGGCAAAAACGCGCAAAAAAACCUUGCUCAAAUGAAGCAAUGUUUAUUUUGUUAUUUAUUAAAUACACGCUACAUGUCCCUAUUGUUGUUCUUGUUGUCGUCGUUUUCGUCGUUCUUGAUGUCGUUGUCGUUCUCGCUGCCGUUGUUGCUGUCGUUGUACCAUAUCGAAAUGCUUUUAUAAAAUAACAUGUAUAUAACGCGUGCUCUGAUUGGUCGAAACUUGAGUUUGGAUCAGGCUAUACAAACGCGAAAAUUUAAAGUGCCUUUGCGAAAAUUUCAAAAUUUGUUGUUUUUUAUAAAACAAUUACUUUAUGGUUUCUGUGUUUGGAUGGCUUGAUCCGUUUUUCUUAACUCUCGCAACAUUCCCGCGUGUUUAGAUCAGCUCAUCCAAACACGGAAACCAUAAAGUAAUUGUAUAUGAAUGAUGUAGUUUAUGUUUCCUCUAGGUUUGGAUUCAUGGUGGAGCGUUUCGGGGCGGAAACUCCGGCAGCUAUGUUGGUUCAAAUUUUGUAGCAGUCGGUGACGUGAUACUGGUGACGAUCAAUUACAGAUUAUCAGCUCUUGGAUUUCUCACGACUGGAGAUAACAGGAUUAAAGGUUGUUGCUUGUGAUGUUACUCUGAGUGCGUAUCCACACCGGGAAGGCAGGCUUGAAAAAUAUGCGCGGCCACGGUGGGAAUCGAACCUACGACCUUUGAAAUACUAGGUCCUAUGCUUUGCCAACUGAGCUACGCGGUCAGAUCGGUUCGAGUAUGUGAUAUUUCGGAACUGAGUCUAGUUUCUUCGAUAUCAAUGUAAUUUAAUAAUCAUGUUACUUGCUGUGCUGAUGUAAUGUACUCAGGGGAAUAAGAUGCUUGUUGAUGUUGGCGCAGUCGUCAGGGCAAGCGCCUUUCACCUCUGAAAUCGGGGGUUCAAUUCUUGCCACAGACUCAUGUAAAAGAGUCGUGGAUUUUAUCCGGGCACUCCGGUUUUCUCCAACAGGAAAAGUUGACAGGGUGGGUUAGGAUAAACACAGUUACGAAAGUAAUAUCUCAAUUGUUGUAAAGAUAAAUAGUCCAAGCUAAGUGAGUAACAUGACCGUAUUACUUCAUGUAAUCGGUCACUGAAAAGCCCAAUAGGGGAGUAACCUAAAUAAUAAUGUAAUGUAAUGUAAUGUAAUUACUUUCGCCAGGAGGUUAUAUAAUCAUCUGGGUUUUUACCUCCGCCAGCAGGUUAUGUAUUCAUCUGGGUUUGUAUGUAUGUAUGUGUGUGUGUGUGUGUGUGUGUGUGUGUGUGUGUGUGUGUGUGUGUGUGUGUGUGUUUGUCUGUGAGCACGAUAACUCAAGAAAUACCAAAUAUAUUCAUCCGAAAUUUUUUGAAUGCAUUUCCCAUCGGCUAAGGUAGAACUGGGUAAAAUUUGGUUGAAUUUGGUUAACAAUUGAACGAGAAAUGAACAAAAUUUUGUCUUGCUUUACCCAGUCAAUUAAAAAAAAACGCACUGAAUGCGUAAUUAGGACGUGUAUAAUGUAUGCACGCAGUACUAAGAAGACAAUAAUGAUAUGAUAAACCUCAUUAAGCUUCACCCUCAUUAUUUAUUGUCUUAGUUGCAUUUCACACGACCGAAAUUCAAUGCGGGCGGAAGUAUGCAGUCUCUGAGUGCCCUCUAGUUUAAUCAUGUAAUUAUCAGUUUCCCGUUUAAACUUAAAUAAAUCGUUUGGAAGAAAAACCUACAGGGAUGGAAGAAUUUACUCGACACCUGGACACUGUAGCUCAGUUGUUUACGCUGCACCGAAAUCGCAAAGCCCUAGGUUCAAAAGAUUCUGUUAUUAUGAGUUCGCAACAUGCAUAUCCAUAAUAAUCCAGGAUGGCGGACAGCUCACUGAUUUAUAUUCAAUGAUUUUAAUAAGGUCAAAAUAUUUUGAAUACCAAGCAAGAUUUAAAAAAGUUGUAAGACUAUAGUAUAGUUCUUCACGCAACUUCAAAGUUCGUUAAAAUAAUAGAAACAAUUUUCAUUGUCAUACAGUGUUUGUUUCAUAUUGUUCUUAUGUGAUCUUCAGGUAACUUCGGUCUAUAUGAUCAACGUUUGGCGAUGAAAUGGGUUAAAGAAAACAUUGCAUAUUUUGGAGGAAAUCCAAAAUCAAUCACCAUAUUUGGUCAGAGUGCUGGAAGUGCGAGUGUCUCAGCACAUACGUUGUCUAAAGGUAGCUGGGAGUUGUUUGACAGAGCGAUCUUGGAAAGUGGAAACAUGCUUAUGCCGUGGUCGAUAAUGACAGAUUCCCAAAUCAAAGAUGGUUUAAAAUGGUUUCUAGGAAAAGUCAAUUGCAACAGCAAUGAAAAUAUGUUGGAGUGUCUACAAAAUGUGACUGAAAACAAAUGGAAGAGCGUGGCAAAUAACAAGGAAUUUGGGGGAAUAUGGACUGGUCCAAAUGUUGAUAGAGAAUUCAUUUCUGAUAAACCACAAAAAAUAUGGGAGGAUAAAGACGUCAAACACCAAGAUAUAAUUAUUGGAAAUACUAAAGAUGAAAUGUUUCUGGUCCAGCAAUAUUUAUUGCAAAAGUCUACGAACAUUCGCUAUUACUUGAAUCAUUUCGAGGAAUUACUAAAGAUAAAUUUCAAGAAUUUAUCUAAAGCGGUGUAUGAGAAAGCGAGAGAAUUGUACAAACCAAAAUGCAUUCCUUCUUAUUUGGAAGCGUUAAAAUCGAGCGUGGCAUUUGAAUCAGAUCUAAUCAUGAUUUGUGGGAGCAGACAGGAGGCUAAACUAAGAUCUAAACACAUGAAUACAACAAAAGUUUAUGCAUUUCAAUAUUCUCACGCCCCACUGGUAAACUAUAUACCUUCAAUGUACCCUUAUGGAGUAUUUGGAUUUGCAGCCCAUGCACUCGAUACUACGGUAAGAAAUUCUGCUUUUUACACUGAUCGAACGAGCCAAUGUUAUAAAAUGAGGCUUUCCGUCUUUGUUCGUUUUUAGUUUUUUUUUUGUUGCGCAAACUUGACAGCAAGUCAAAGCAUCGCAGGCUCAUGACAGAUUGCUCCAGUGACUUAGGGAAGGGUCACAUAUCGAUUUUGUCCACGAGAAACGUCAUAUGAUCGCAUGGGGUGGGGUGGGAGUGGGGUUAGGGGUGGGGGUGGGGGUGGAGUGGGGGUGGGAUUUGCAGUUGUGACGUUUCUCUGUAAAACAUCAUGGGAAAAUUGGAUCGUUUUUUCGAAAACAUUAACGUUUCGGAAUCAUCUUUGCAGAAUAUCAAAAGAAAAGAACUAACAAACAGCAGUCUACACAUUCGUAUAAUACCAUACCUGUUCUAUACAUUUAUAUUAUUACGCCUUCCUUGCAUUAAAAACACUCAAAUUAAAUUAAAACCGCGCUACAGUUGUCAAUAUUUCAUGCAAAAAGUGUUUUUAGAAACGUUGGAAGUCUUCAUUGAAGUUCAAUUAUAUUAAUAGAAAACAUAUGUCAGCAGAUGAUAUAUAGUCCUUGCGGAAGCAUCACCAAUUUGCUGAUAAGCAAACACUUCUUUCUGUAUAUAAUGCUAUUGUUCGCCCAUAUGUUGAUUACUGCUGUGAUGUGUGGGAUGUGUUUGGAGAAACGCAAUCAAAAAGACUCCAAGAACUACAAAACAGAGCUGCUCGUAUUAUUAUGAAUAUAAGUAAUGGCAUAAAUCAUUCUGUUGCAUUGCACGCAUUGGCUUGGAAGCCAUUUAAAACAGAAAGGAAGAAAAGUAAAGCAAAAAUCAUGUACAAAUUAUUGAACAAAAUGGGACCGAAAUCACUCACUAAUCUCUUCACAUAUAAAAGUGAGGUGACAAACUGCAAACUUCGGAACAUUCAAGUAGUCUUUGUUUACCACAACCGCGUACUAAUAAUAUGAAAAACAGUUUCAUGUAUGACGGAGCACACCUUUGGAAUUUUAUUCCUAAUGAAAUUAGAGACAGCAAAUCCUUUUCUUCCUUUCGAAAGAAAAUCGCUACUCACAUUGAUUAAUCAAAAUUAUUACUUAUAUUGAUACCUAAUUGAAAAUAUAGAAGUUUAUAUACCGGUAAAUAGAUUAUUACUUGCAUGUAUAGUUGAUUUUGUUAGUUCAUAUAAUACUAUAUAUCUUAUAUAAUUUUGUAAAUAGUUUUUAAAGUUAUUUUCUGUAUACUUUUUCGCACGCCCCUCGUGGAAAUCAGCUUCGGUUGAAGGGGUUAGCGUGAUUAAAUAAAGUUUUUCUAUCUAUCUAAUAGCCGACCGUAAAAAAUAGUAGAAAAUUACCUUAUGUGUAUUAUAAGAACAAAAUAUCUAUAACUAUGUGUGACGUUUCUAAGGGAAUGAGGGGUUGCGGGUGGGAUCUCCAGGAAAACGUCCAUAUGACGUUUUUCAUGGACACAAUGGGAGACUUCCCUUAUGUAUUUCCGUUUUAAAAUGGCGGUCCUUCAUUGAGUUAGGCCAGUGGGCAAAACGUUUGAAACAAUUUUGUUAACGUUUUCAACUGAAUGGUACCUGUUUUCUAUGCAUUUUGAUUUGUUUCGAACUCUGGACUUUCUCGUAAGAUUAAUUAACGAAUUUUUGUUUGUGCAAAGACUCCGAAAAUCCGAAAAUGGGAUCGUUAAAUUCCCGUAAAAUCGUAAAUCAUAAUAAUUAUACUGUGUAUGAAAAAGUCAAAGGCAAGUUCAAAAUAAAAAGGUUUAACUACCCAACGUAGUUUUAAUAGAUAUCUACUAUAAAUGUCGGUUUUAGGCUUUUGUUAGUGUUUCGUUUCGCAUCCACUCCUGUGAACCAAUCAGAUUGCAGGAAACACCAUUGAUUUCAAAAUAAAGAUAAUAAAGUGCGAGAAAUCCUAAAGCAUAGCCUAUAGGGCAAGUUUGCUUCAAUUGUUUAUGUAUAUGACUUUAAUUUUUAUAUAGACUUUGUUCUUGCUGUUCAAGUCUUUCCUAUGGAUUGUAUGCGAAAGUUUCUUAGUUAAUUAAAUUAAAUUUUGUAGAAGUUCAUGAUAAAAGGAGAGCAAAUUAGCGUCCUGUACGAAUUAUAUGCCCCCAGUUUGUUCGGCAAACAACGCCAGUCGGGCAAUAUUCGCUUAAAAGUCGGGCAAUAUUGGCUUAUUAUAUAAAUGAAUGGGACAAAUUCUGUCAAUCGAGGAACUCAAAUAUAUCAGGAAAAAAUAUAUAUAUAUGUAUAUAUAUAUACAUAUAUAUAUAUAUAUAUAUAUAUAUAUAUAUAUAUAUAUAUAUAUAUAUAUAUAUAUAUAUAUAUAUAUAUAUAUAUAUAUUUAUUCCGCUCCUAAAUUAGCUGACGUCAAUUUCCAGAAUUUGGAAGGUAAAUUCUGAUUGGUCGACGUAGCGGAAUUCAGUUUGGCGCUCGGGUAAGCAGACAGUAGGUUUUCGUCGCUUGGCGUAAGAACAACAACGUAUGUGAGCAGCCCCCCCUCCCCCCCCCGUCGACAACAGUUUUGGAAAGUUUUUCCGGAAAAUUUUUUUGACAACUCGGGUACAAUCCGAAAAAGUCUGGCAAAUUUCUUUCCGCCCCCCCCCCCCCUAAUUUUUUCCUUCCCGUACGCCCAUGAUUAUAUUUAUUUCAUUUCAAAGUGCGAAUAAUAAGUUCAAGCUCAAUCAAGUUGAAGAGUUUAUUAAUAUUUAAAUUUCGUUAUGACUUUUACGUUACAAUAAAGCCCAUACAAACCAAAAUCAUAUAGCUACUUUAUAUUUUUUAAAAAUUGACAAUUCUGUUUUUAAAAGUGUUCAAGUUUUAUCUAUUUUUUGUAGGUUUGUACAAAAAUUUAAAAAACCAAUUAUCGUGUAGCCAUGACUACAAUGACGUGGCAACGCGAGCCUGCAUUCAGUGUUGGCGUAAUUACGAACACUUCAUGUUGAAACAACGUUUGGAGAAUAUAAGCGAGGGGUUGUUGCAUGCAUGCAUUUUAAGUAUGAUACUAAAUAAUACUUGUUUGGUAAAUUGUGUAACAAGAAUCGGAUGAACGAAGCAAGUAAUUUCAGAGCAACAUUCAAAAUAAGACGGAUUCAAAUAUAAGACAAACUUUUUUGGAUCUUGUUAGAUUAAUAGAUCUUCCACGGUCGAUAGAAUGACCGCCAGCAGGAAUUUGAGGCAGUACUGGUAUAGUAUAUGCCAGCAGUAUUGUAUAGGAACAGUAGUGUUUGCUUAUGCUCGCUUGUUAAUAUUUCAGGAGCGUCUCUAUAUAGUUUACGUUAUAAGUGUCUUAUAAAGGAGCUCUCAGAGAGGCUAUAACUUCAUGUCUUGCUGUUUAUGAAUGCUGACCUUAAUCGUUACCCUAACCGUUGAUUCUAACUCACAAAUAUAUAACGAGAAUAGGAAUUCAUAUCCCAGAAUAAUACAUUUGAAAAUGUACUUAUUUUGAAGUACAAUUAAUAAAUAUAAUGCUGCAAGUAAUAUAGUGAUUUUCCAUUGUAUUUUAGUCGGUAUUUGGUCUGCCAAUUAAUGAUACGAAGUUCCGGUCUGAUGAUCGAACACUCUCUAUGAGAAUGUUAUUAUAUUGGACAAAUUUUGCUAAAACCGGGUAAGUUUGAAGUCUACUUCGACUGGUGUAUUUUGUCAAGUUUACGGUUUAGAGGGCAUAGAAAAAAAUUAAAAUCGGUUUAAUUACUUUUUUAAAACGACUAAUAACAAAUACAUAUUCUUGCUUUUCAAAACAUAAUUACAGAGGUUCAGAUUUGACUAAUCUCCCUAUACCGCUUCCGUUACCUCCCACAGGCUUAAUACGUAUUUCAUUGGUUGGAUUGAUUGGAAAGAUUAAAUGCUAAUGAUAACCGUACAAACGGUACUGGAAGUCAAAAUCCGAGCGUUUCUUUAAGAUAUUCACAACAUUUAUCAUAGGUUUCAACAGCAUUUUCUGCAAAACAAAUAUACUUGCAGGGAGGUGAGUCUGGAAUUGGACUCAGGGCCGUUUUUAAGGAUUUUCCCGUGGGGGACAUUUUUGAAAAGGGACCUUUUUCUGAGAUAAUAUAUUAGAGGAGAAUAGCAAUGGCUGAAGGCCACGUGUGUGGCCAAUAUACCACGCAUGAUUGGGGCGGGUCUGGGGGUGUACUCUCCCAAAAAUGUUUUGAAAAUUGAAUCCCGGAAAUGUCAUUUCCUGCAUUCUGAGCAUCCAAAUUUGCUCCAAAAUGUAUGCUAAUAAUACUUGUAUUUGAAAUAAAUUCAGGGAAAAAUGCACAAAAAGUAAAAAAAAAUAACCAUCAUUUAUCAAUACUUAGAGGAGGACAGCAAUGGUCACGUGUGUGGAGGUGUACUCCCCAGUCAGAAAAUUUUUGAAAUUGGAAGCACGGAAAUGCCAUUUCCUGCUUUUUGAGCAUCCAAAAUUUAUGCUAAACUAUACUUGUAUUUGAAAUAAAAGAAGGAAAAAAUGCACAAAAAGUAAAAAAGAAUAUUAACCGUAAUUUAUCAUUAUAAUCCCCAUUAAAUUUUUGAAACUUGAAACCCGGAAAUGCUAUUUCCUGCAUUUUGAGUAUCCAAAAAAUUAAAAAAUUAUUAACAAUAAUUUAUCAUUACUUAGUGGUAGAAAAACGUAAUAAUUUAAAUCGAUUUUGUUAAAAAAGGAUAAAGCCUAAAACUUACUAUUUAUCUAUUUGUUAAUCUUCGCUGGUUUGUUUGUAUAAUUUUAGGAGAAAGGGACUUUUCCCGAGGGAGGAAAUGUGAUUUCGUGUGGGGGGGGGGCACAAGAGGGGACUGGGGGGCAUUUGUCCUCCCCAGCCUGUAUGUUAAAAAAGGCCCUGAUUGGACUCACCAUUCCCAUGUUAAAAAGUAUCAACUCAAUCAAUUUCUAAUGAAAUGAACAAUGAUAAUGAAUUGAAAUUUGCAUAACGGGGCCAAAUCAUCGAGCUCGCUACGCCACUGAUUCUGCGUAAACAUUGCCAACAUUUAAACCUGCCCGUGCCGAACAAAUUUCGGCAGCCAUCUUUCUUCUCUUCCACUUUGAAUACAGAAUAUUCUAUUUCUAUCAAACAAAAAAAAUAUAAAACAUUUAAAAACAAUUAAUUUAUUUUGUAUUUAAAUGUUCGUCUGAAAUUUGUUCAUAAUGGCCGCCGCCAAAAAACAUCAAUCUUGAACGCUCCUCCUAAACAUACGUCAGCAGGUGGGUUCGAGAUUGAACGCACCUCCUCGUAGCCAAUAAGACCGCUGCCAUUGCGCUAGGUGUGAGAUAACAUUGAGAACCCACCUAGCGCAAGGUGAGAUCUCACCAACCACAUUUCUCAAGCAUAUGAGCACAAUUUAAUAUCUAAUCCCACUUCUUUUAUACAGAGAUCCAAAUUCAGGCACCAGAACGUUACCGAUUGUGGUAGACAAGGUCGACAUUUUACCAUUAUGGCCUCAACAUAGCGAUAUUAAUGAAGAAUUUCUAGACAUGGAAAGUUUUUCUCGGAUGACCGUAAGAACAAAAUUACGUGAAAAACAUUGUGAAUUUUUGAAUGAUCCUGAAGGAUUUAUUGAAAAAGAAACGAGUGGUUAA